AUGGGCAGACUCUGUGGGCUGUACGAAGAGGUGAUUGGGAGGCCUCCAGCGAACAACGCACAACUGCCUCCUCCCCAGAGACCACCCAUACCCAUCACCACAGAGCUGCCCGGCGUUUCCAAACGGCGCUCCCCAACUUGUGCCCUUCAACAGACGGCUGCUUCCCUCCUGCAUGAGGACCACGGUGGAAACCUGCAGAUCUACGUUGACGGCUCGGUAAUGCCGGACACAGGCUCGUCGACUGCGGCCUGCAUGGUGCCCGCUUUGGGGAAGAGCAAGCAGUGUCGCCUCCCCAACCACGCGACGUCAACAGCGGCAGAGGUAGCAGGCCUUCACCUGGCUGUGGACUUACUCGCAGAGGAGCUGCAAGUGACCCCAGUGACCAUCUACUGCGACUCCAAGGCGUCACUCCUCAGCCUGCAGAGGCCAGAAAGGGCCAGCCUCGGGGUUGCCCUGCUCUCGUCAAGGCUGAUGGCGCUCCAGGAAGCGGGCUGCUCAGUAUCCCUGCACUGGCUUCCAGCCCACGUAGGGAUACCGGGCAACGAGGAAGCAGAUGCACUGGCAAAGCGUGCCCACAACUGCGUGGUCCCGCCCAGCCUGGCAGUGACAGCCAGUGAUUUCACAUGCCACAGGCUUCGGCGCCAUCUGCUGGCCUGCCAUCCGGACAAGCGGAUGUCCUUGGGCCGCCCUCCGCGACCACUUCCACAGCGCGGCCUCGCACGCAGGGAGACCUCCCUCCUUCUGCGACUGAGGAUUGGCUGCUGUUGGACGGGUGCUCGCCGCCACCGGCACGGCCUCAUCGCCUCUUCAGCCUGUGCCUCCUGUGGGGAGCCCGAGACCCUGGAGCACCUCCUGCUGGCCUGCCCUGCCUACCUGCAGCAGCGUGACCGUCUCCUGCAGGAGUUCCGACGACUGGGGCUUCCUUCUACACGACAGGAAGACAUCCUCUUCCCUGGUCGUAGCGAGCUACCAGCCCUCCUGAGUGUCGUCGAGUACCUCGACUCGUCGGGGCUCUCGGCGAGACUCUAG